GGCAAAUGAACGGAGUAUUAUUAUUACGCCUCUUCGGGUACCGAAGUAUGCCAGCCUGGUACUUUCUCAGACCCGCCGAGAGCCAAUAGCCAAACUGUCAAACAAGCUGCAACUUGUGCGAAGCUCUAGAAACUGCGAAACGAAUAAGGGUAUACCAACCCACUGACAUCGGGCCCUCUAAAAACAACAAUUAUUCUAGAAAACUUAUUCUGGAAUAGCCAUGCCUCUUAACACAGCAGCUUCGCUUUAUCGACGGUCUUUGAAACUCUCACUUGACUGGGCUGUUCACCGACACGUCUGGAGAGGACAAGCAGUGUAUAUUCGCUCCCUUUUCGACGCCAAUAAGGGCGUUCGCGACCCCCGUCAGCAAAAGGUGCUGCUUCAAGAAACAGAAAAACUGCUAGAGACUUGGAAGCAUCCCGAUCCUUACCGCGCACCUACUGCUCCGGGUGGCAGCAAAUACGAGAGAAACCUUCCAGCUCCUCAAUUGCCGCGUGAGUAAAGAUGAUCCUUUUGGAACAGUAGCACUAACACGUUUUAUCAGUUGCUCAACAACCACAAGGCCACUAAUUUCAACUAUAAUUUCCUGUGGGCGCAUGCUACCUUUAACGAAAUUGCGAAGUGUCUCAAAUGUGCUUCAGCCAUCAUAACAAUUGAAGAGUACAAAGAAUACACACAUCACUUGCGAUACAAUUUAAUUGGAGCGAACUCAUGCU